CAUCACAAAUGGGAGAAAGUUCCAAUGUCAUGAGCCCCAUGGCAUCACAAAUGGGAGAAACUUCCCAAGUAAUGAGCCCCAUGGAGCCUCAAAUGGGAGAACAUACCAAAGGAAUGAGUGCUUUAGAACCACAAAUGGGAGAACAAUCUUUAAAGCAAGAUCCCUUACCACCUGUAGACCCUCUUUCAGAUAAAAAGGCCUCUGAUCCUGUAUUGGAUUCAUCAGAUAGUGCUCAAAACAUUGAAUCUUUGACUCAACUUAAGACUUUGAGUUCAGAAGUUUCUCCCCAAAAUUCUGACCCUAAACAAGAUCCAAAGCUCAUAGGCACAGUGGACGAGGAGUCAAAAGAGAACAAUGCUAAAACUGAAAUACGUACCCACACAGAUGACCCCUCUGCAGAAGUUACAAAUGAUUCUAUUGAUAAACUCACUCUGCACACAGAGCAACAGGACACUGUGAAUAAUAUGCCACUUGUUAUGGAUCCAACUAUCCCUGGCCAUGACAAUGACCCGAUAAAAGAAAGUCAGGAAGCACCAAAGAAUGGACUCACUGGAGCAACCAUUGUAAAAGAGACAACUGUUGAUAUGCAACUAAUUAGUGUUACUCAUGAGGUAUCUACACUGGAUGAGGCUCCAACAAAUGGGGCACCUGUUGAUGACUUAGCAACUGGUGCAUUAGAUACUUCAGGGUCUACUUCAACUGAACCUGUGACUUCUCAAUGUACUUCCGUAUCCAUGCAGCCCUCAGAAAAUACUACUGCACCAAGCAUCAAUUUGCCUCAAAGUGACAGUGUGCCUAGCAUCAUCACUGUUCCUAGCAGCAUCAGUGUGCCUAACAACAUCAGUGUUCCCAGUAGCAUCAGUUUACCUAGCAACAUCGAUGUGCCUAGCAGCAUCAGUGUGCCGAGCAGUCUUGAUGAUAUGAAUACUUUUGACAGUAUACUUCAAUCAAAAUACACGGACAAUAAAUCUAACGGCAUCUUAUCAAGCUUUGGUGACACUACAUCCAAGUUCAAAGAUCAGCUUGGUUCGACAAAUGAUCUUGACCUGGAUAAUAUUAUCAACGAUCUAGAACCAACUGCUUUGGCUAACAUGAAAAUGAUUUUCCCCGAUCCAAAAUCUAGUGACUUGGGCAUGCCAAAUGUGCCCCAAUUGCCAACUGAUCUCAACUCGAUUAGUCCUUCUAUGUCAUCUAUACUAGAGAGUCCUGCUAAAUCUAGCCAAGAGCUGAAUAUGCUGCUUGGCAAACCAUCAGACUCACCAAUGAGGAACUUCAUGGAGAAACCUAGUGGCCCAAAGGUUAUACCACAGAUUACUCGCAGUUUAGAGUUUGACGCAGCGUCUAGAUUAGACCAGGCUGAGUUGUUUCCUGAUAUGAGUGCACCUGAUAUUCCACCAGCUAGUGACGUAACAGUCCCAGAGUUAUGUGUCGUGAGCAUGUACUGGAAUGAUCUGCCUGGUUUGAUGAUCAAUAAUAAACCAUAUGUGAGAUUAGUUGAUAUAUACAAGCAGGUUCUCCCAGCAAAGGAUACAUCAAUCUUGAAGAAAAGAUGUCAAACUCUAGGCUUACCCAUAGCAUGCUGUAGCGAGAUGCAGCGUGAUUUCCUCGUACGUUACGCCAAUGCUGCUCAGUCGAAAAGCACAGUAAUCGUUGUUAAGGAGGUAGCUGAAGAGCUGAUUGGUUACUACUAUAAUCCCAAACCUAGAGCUCUAUCAACCAAUCGUAGUGAAUCUUCUGAGCAUCAUCCGGGUGUUCUGUCAGGAGAUGAAUCAGAGCAUCACACAGGUGGUAAAUCUUACCCAGGAGGCAAAGGAAAAGGCAAGGGUGGGAAAGGCAAGAAUAGGCAUGGUGGGAAACAUGGACCUGUGAAGGACAAAACAGAAGGAAAAACAAAGAGUGAGGCCGAUGUCAAGCCAGUUAUCAAGAGAGUCAAGAAGAAUCUCCCAUCUCCCCUACCUCUGAAAGUGUCAAAGAGAAACCGAGUGAAGCGCUUUGACUAUGCUCAUCCUUGCAUAGUGGACAGUGACUUUGAAGGAACUGAUUCAAGUGGAAUCAAAAUGAAGAUUAAGAUUCAUUCAGAUGCUGAAAACCCAAAUGAUGAGAACACAAAGCCAGUAAAUCACUCCACAGAACUGUCCCAAUCUGAAGCACAUCUAAAAGAGUACGAAGCAUUUUUGAAGAAGCGACAGCAAAUACUGAGCAACAAAAAACUGAAAACAUCCAAGGGUUUUAAUGUGAGUGACAGUGAGGAAACCAUGGAUACCAGUUUUUCAACCAAUGGGAGUGAUACUGAUGAUUAUUGGAAUCCAGACACUGUGACGUCACUGAAGAAAAAAGCAAAAUUGAGUCCUAAAUCCAAACUUGGCAAAAAGGAUAAGACUGCUAUGUUGAGCUGCAAGAAACAGAUACAGCUUUUGAAGCGGAAACAGAAGGACUUGUUAAAGAAGAAGAAAAAGUUAUUGAAAAUGAGAGCUAAAAAACGGAAAUUAAAGCUGAAAGAGUUAUUGAAAAACCAGAGGAAAUCAAAGAAGAGGAAAUACGUCAAGACUGGGUUUUACACAAAAGCAAGUAAAAUGAUGAGAAGACAACUUGAAAAUGGGAAUAUGCUACACGUAUCUGUCCCAUCCCAUCUUAGUGAUCGGGGUAAUCUACCACUUUCUGGGAAUGCCGUACUUCAUGUGCCCAUCAAUGAUGGUGUAAAUACAUCCUCCAAUCCUAUUCAGCCAAGUGAUAACAUUUCAAUCCUUCAUGGACAAAUGAAUAAUGUCAUGGAAGUUGUACCUAAUACAGACCCAAGUGCUUAUCCUACUGUGAUUGAAACAAUAGCAAAUGAAGAGACACUGACCACUAGUUUCCCAAGCCCUCCUUCAGUGAUAGCCAAUGUGAGCAUCAAUGACUAUGUGCCCUCAUCUGAUGGGAGCCUCCAAGUUGGUGAAACAUGUGAAAUACAACAGACAAUUCAAUGUGGGAACAUCACUCCCAAACCAUGUAUGGUUGAGAUUGAAAUCAAACGACCAUUAGAGAUUGUCCAUCGGGAUCGCACUCAUAAAAAAGAUCAACGGGGAAUGUCUCAAGAUGGUGACAUUUUCCUUCACUUGUAUAAAUCUAAGAAUGCCCCUUGUGUGCAGUGUCGGUCUUGUUGCAGUUUUUUCUCUCUGGGGAAAUUUGUCGAUCACCUGCAUGAUCCCAAAAACAUGGAUAUUAUUCUCGAAAGGAAAAUCCCCCAGAGGCUGGAGUUACGAUCUACAGACAUUAGCGAACUUGAAAUGAAGCAGUGGGAAGAAUUUAUCAAGUUAAGAGAUGGCUUUGAGAAAAAAAGUCAAGAAAUAAAAAAACAGGAAAUGAAAAAUCAGGAGAAAAAGAAUCUGGAGAACAAAAGUGAAGAAACACAAAGUCAGGAAACUCCAUCAGAAGGAUCGCCUGAUGUUGCAUCAGUCGCACAAAAACUUAACUUUGAGACUAAACUCAGGGACAAACCAGUUAGAAAAAAGAAAGAGGAACCAGCCAAUCAAAUUACACGUCAUAGUUCCAGGACUCGCAAAAUUAAGAAACUCCAUCCAAUCGAAAGUUACGAAUUCUCCAGUGUCACUUCUACCUCAAGAGCUGGUAGUAGUGGGGAAAAGAAAAACAGUCCAAAAGUUGAAUUUUGUGAAACACAAGUUCCUGAACUUGAGUCCAAACUUACAAAAAGAGAAGCUGCAAAAGAAAUGGCCAAUAUGCCCAUGAACAUCUCCCCCAGCAAGAAAAUGAGACUUGAGAGUAGUGCAAAAAAUGAGCAAACCAGACCAGAUAUUGUAGAAAAGCUGGACUUGAGAGUUUCAACUUCGACAUAUGGCACAAGAAGUGCUAUGAAAUCAAAAAAUAAAGUAUUGAUUCAGCAAAACAAACAUCUAGAUUCAAGCUUAACUGCUUUGAAUAUGGACACCUAAAUCUAUAUAUUGUUACAAACUGUUUUAUUAUUGUUUUAAGAUACCAAACAUAAAGUUCUUGGUAUGUUAUAUAACAGUGGACUUUUACACCCUAAAUGUACAUUGAAAAAUUGUUAUAGUUUUAUCGUUCAAUUUUGAUUUCAUUAAUUGAAAAAGAUGAUACAUUAUCGACACCUAGUGUAAUUGUUAUCAUAGUAGUAAAUACAAGGGUUGUUCAAAAAG